GCUCCGCUUAAAUACGUCCCCAUGUCCAUCCCGCCACCCCAGCCCCCGUACAGACACUUUCCCAGAGUGGAACCGGUGCGAGCCGUCGACCCCAGGAUGGGCCCCUCUCGGUCCUUCCUACCCAGAGGUAACAGCUGGCCCUCCCCACACCCUGCGCCCCUGCCAGCAGGGCAGUCAGACGGCCAGCGAGAGACGGUAGAGCGGCCGCUGACGAGGGCAGGGGAUAACCCUGACUAUCGGGAGUCACGGGAGGGGGGCCGGACCAGCUACGCCAGCCAGAGCAGCGGCAGGGGCAGCGCCGGCUUCCUCCGCCAGUCCCUGUCCAUCACGCCCACGCUGCUCAGUUCCCCGGAGACGACGGAGGAGAGCGAGCGACCCAGAGCUCCUACAGACCGGCGUGAGAGACGAGCAAAAAGAAGGAACACAUCAGUAGAUGAGAGUUAUGAGUGGGACUCUGUGGAUCCCGGCGUGGAUGCCGAGGUUCUGGAGGCCAUGAGCUGUGAUCGGUCACCGAUGGGGGCAGGCACCGACAGGGGGGUGUUCAGCCACGAUCAGACUCAUGGCCCCCAGGACCGGAAAAGACAAGGCCCUCCAUCCUCACUCAGCCCGCCGGCCUCCGACCCCAGCGGCCGCGACGCCUACGGCCACCCCUUAAGUGAGGCGCGCUUCAAGGCCCUCCGCCUGGAGUACCAGGAGUACAUGCAGGCUCUGGAGUCCACCGGUCCCCGCCAAGCCGGCCUCACCUCGGACCCCGAGUCAGACUCUGACUCCGGCUCCGCCCUGCUCUAGCUGCCCACCCUGGGACUUCUGAAAAACCAACCAAAUAGCCAUUGUUUCAUUGCUCAGACGACAACUGAAGUGCAGGACUUCACAUCUCAGCCCAGCUAUUUGUUGUGACCUUUUAUGCUGCCUUUUUAUUGCCGAAAUCGAAACUAUAUUACCUCUAAUUUAUGCUUUGUUGCUGACAAAGUCCAAGUUAUUCUUUCGAUCUACAAGAUGCAUUUCUACCCCUCACUGCUAUCAUCAAUCGCGAUGCAACAGUGCGGAAGAAUGGAUCAGUAUUUUUCACCCAUGGCAUUACUCUCCGAUGCCUUUAGAUAUAUAUUUGAUUUCAUGUUUCACAAGAAGCUGGUAGCAUUGUUUCUUGUGCCAUUUGGGCCACAUUGACAAUCAUAUACAGAGGGCCCUUUAAAAAAAGACAAGUCCAUGUCCUAAACUGAGUUUCUAACAAAAUGCUUUCUAAAAGCACUUAGAUGCAGUUCUGUACCUCUGGAAAAUGCUGUUUUUUGUGUAAAAUGAAUUGAUCCAACGCAAAUAUUGUAAAAUAACUGCAUCUUUACUUUUUACUUUUUACUUUUUAACAAGAUAAAAAUAUUUGGCAAUGAAAUAGAAU